AUGCCUCCAAAAAGAGGAGGUGGUGGCUCGAAUAAACGUAGUAAGAGUCGUGAUAAAGCACGACAACUUACGACAACAACUAAUGAUACACAACUGAUAAAAAAUUUAUCAACAUCUACUUCAAGCCAAUCAAAAUUCACCAUUGCACCUCUAAUUAUAGAGGGCGCACGAUUAAAAAAACUUGAAUUAAAUGAUUUGAUCAAAAAACAUAUGACUGAUGUUAGAGUGUGCGAUAUUCAACUCAGUCGUUCAGGAAUAUUUACAUUAUAUGCUGCAGAUGUUAAUUCAUUUAAUCGGUUAUUAAAUGAUUUUACUCAAAUCCUUGCUGCAAAUGGUCAAACUUCAGUUAAAAUAUUUGUACCUCGAUCAAUUCAAAGAAUUAAAAAUACGGAAAAAGUUGCUUUCGUCAAGAGAGUUGACAUUGAAAUUCCAGAAUCCAGAAUUCCUGAUGCAUUAAUGGAUACAGGAUUUAAUGUUGAAAGUGUUGUUAGAUUAACAACCAAAGAUAGAAAUACACCAACCCGAACAAUUAAAAUUAUUUCUAAUGAUUCUCAAAAUAGAAAUGCAUUUGUACAAACUGGUUUAAAAAUAGAUUCAAUGUAUUUUCCAGCUGAACCUGCAAUGCAAAAUAAGAACCCCGUGCAAUGUUAUUUAUGUCUUCAAUAUAACCAUAUAGCAAAAUAUUGUACAACUAAACAACAAGUAUGUGCUCGAUGUGGUGGAAAUCAUCACGUUGACCAAUGUAAUGAUCUACAACAAAAUGCAAAAUGUUGUAACUGUCAAGGUGAUCAUUUAGCAACAUCACACGAUUGUCCAAAAUUUAAAGAACAAGAAAAAAGAAUUCAAAGUAUGAUAAAUCAAUAUGCAUCAACAACAACACAAGUAACAACAAAAGCUCCUGAUCCAAACAAUGCAGUCGAAUUUCCUUUUUUACAUAAUGGCAAUCAACGACAUCAAGAUUAUCUACACAAUGAAAUCAUUGAAGAGAUAAUACAGGUUCUUACUGCCAAAAUGGAAAAGAUUAUAGAAGAAACAACUAACCGAUUAUUUACAACACUCUAUCGAAAGAUUAUUGAAAUAGAAAAAUCUCUUGCAUCAGGAGAAAAUGUUAUUGAAGAAGAAACAACUGAAACAGAACCCGAAAAUGAUAAAAUUAUUCAAGAUUUAAUCGACAAUAAUAAUGCACAACAACAAGAUGCAGAUAUUGGAAAACCCGAGAAACAAUACAAGAAUGCAACGGCUUCACCAAAUGAAACUUCGGCAAAACCACCAAAAUCAACGAAUGAUAUAUCAACGAAACCUCAAUCUACAGCAAAUGCAACAUCAGCAAAACCGACACAGAAACCAAAAACAAUUACAAAAACAAUCAAGAAAAUUUGUUCUCCAAACAGCUCAUUAGACCCAAAUUUAUAUUAUAUAACAUAUGAUGAUUAA